AUGGAUAAGUCUGAUAUGCAAAGAAACGUCGAUUCGCUUCGUAGCCAACUCAACAUUGAGCGGACUCCAAUCACUGUCUCUGCUGCGGAGCUUCGUCGCUUCACUGAGAGCCAGGAGGACCCACUUGUCAACCCAAUCGAUAAGAAGGUCAACCCAUGGGCCGAGAAGAGCAAAUGCAGCAUGCUCUAA